UGUAUAUUUUUAUGGCAUCAAAUUAUUCUGUAGUUUCAUCGUCACAACUGUGGCUCGGCUCGGCUCAGGAUUGAUCCCUCGAGGUGGAAGCUCCUCCAGUCACAGGGUCUCGCAAAAUUUUACAGAAACGGUUAUAGGAUGGUGCAACCUGGCCGCAAUGCCAAGCAACUGUCUCGAUGGAUUACUCACGCUGUCAUUGAAAACCUUCGUUAUCAAGCAAUCGAUGAUGAAUGAGGCUGUCGAUGUGCAAUCAACAUCUGAUUACUAUGGAGACCAGGGUGCGAGGCUUUGACACCGCCACUCUCCGCCCCAGCGUGACGAAUAAUGUGCGUACUCAUACGCAAGUGAUUCGGUCUGAUUGUGGUACAAUGAUGGGUAUGUGCGAUCCCCAGUCGCACAUCGCGGUCGGGACUACCGCAUGUCCGCAUUAUACCGUUAGAGCCAGAAUCAUCGGUACGGAAGAACCGUACACCCUAAGAGAGACAGCGUCUUAUCGGGACAAUGGUGCGGCUAGGCUCUAGUAGCGUGGUAAGCCACUCUAAGUUGCUUCUAGCCCCCACGCAUCUCACCCUCUCACGCCCGAAUUCCAAAUACCGCUGCGGCAUCUUUGCUUUACACAAUGACCAUAUUGUUUCGAGGCCUCCCCGCUCCACUGCGUGAUCUCUGAGUCUACACAAUUUCCUUACAUCUUCUCUCUCCGGCGGCGUUGCGUUGGCAGGUGCUUGUGCGGAGUCCCGGCAGAGCUAGAGGGAAUUCUAAAUUUGGGGUUAAUUCUCCAGCUAUGACCAUGUAGCAGAGUCUCCUAGCGAGAGCGCGAAAACCCAAACAGGUUCGUUGUGCGAUUCUCGACUCAACAUUCUAACCCACCAAAGCUUGAGUCCACACGGUCCUCCUAUCCAACCGCACUGUCCGGCUUGGAUACCGUGGGGUUCGUCUCGAAAGGGUGACGCGCCGGAUCGGGAGUUUGGGGUAUUUUUGCACGUUGUAGCAUUGACAAUUUCUCCACCCUUGGCAAAAGUAGCGGGCCGUCCGAUCGGUGAUAGCGAUGGUUACCUGAUGAAGCAAAAAAGCAACUCAAGACACUACUGUUCCCGAAAGCGAGCAGCGUAACCAUCACAUACCAC